AUGAGGAUGGUUGUGGUGCCAAAGGAAGAGAUGAAUGAAAAGGGUUGCCACCCAAGUACUCAUACCUACACUGUCCUGACUAAAGCUAUUUGUGAUGUAGGAUCCACUGAUAAGGCUUUUGGUUUGCUUGAUGAGAUGAUAGGCUAUGUAGAGAAGGUAGGAUUGGGGAGGGAGGCUAAUGGAAUGUUCAGAAAAAUGUUAGAUGAUGGAUUGGUUCUUGGCACAACAACUUAUAAUGCACUGAUUAAUGGUUACUGCAAAGAAGGUAAAGUAGUUUCUGCUUUUGAGCUUCUUGGCGUGAUGGAAAGGAGGAAUUGCAAGCCCAAUAUCCAUACCUUCAAUGAGCUCAUAGAAAGGGCAAGCCAACUUGCUAUGGCUUUCAGAGUAUUUAAUUCAAUGAACUCCAUUGGCCUUGUGCCUGAUGGUUUUACUUACACUACAUUAAUUGACGGACUCUGUAAAGAAGGGAGACCAGAGGAAGCAGAAGGGAUCUUGGGUUUGAUGGUGAAGAAGGGAAUAUUCUCAGAUGAAGUAACAUUUACAGCUCUUAUUGAUGGAUAUUGCAAGACUGGUAAAAGUGCAAAUCCCUUGAUGGUUUUUGAGAGAAUGGUCAAGAACAGGUGUUUGACUACACCUCAUGCAUUCAACUCAUGUCUUGAUGCUCUCAGCAAAGUAAUUAAGGUGAAUGAACAAAAUACAAUGUUUGGAAAGAUGCUAAAGUACGGCCUAAUUCCUUCUGUGGUAACUUAUACCAUAUUGAUUGAUGAGCUUUGCCGAGCAGUCUUGCAGUUCCAAGAGCCGUUGGUAACAUAUAAACUGGGGACAGAUUCCAGCAUCAAGUUCAUGUUCAUGGCACAGCUGUGGGAACUUGCAAAGGACUAG